GACUGAAGUGAGUCAAGAACUGAGAGGAGUGCAUCGUCAUGUCCUAUUGGAGUCUCUGGCAGAGGAAUUGCCAAAGGAUGCCUUCCGUUUCUCUUGUAGGAUCAGCUCCAUUGUAACCCAGCCACAAGGCUCAUCAUCCAUUGUUGUCCUUCACAUGGAAGACGGAACCAAGAUCAAAACAAAGGCUUUGAUAGGCUGUGAUGGCGUGCACUCAGUAGUAGCACGUUGGCUGGGACUCAGUGCACCAGUUAGCUCAGGUAGAUGGGCAGCGCGUGGGUUGGCCACGUUUCCAGAAGGCCACAAGUUCAACUAUGAAUUUCAGCAAUUUAUAACCGCAGAUAAAAGGGCUGGUUUUGUUCCUCUCAAUGACAAAGAACUUUACUGGUUUCUUUUCUGCAAAUCAACCUCGUGUGAAGGUAAAGACAUGAGAGGCAACACAGAGUUGAUACAAAGAGAGGUCAUUGAAAGCCUUGCCGGGGACUUGCCUCAAGUGUUCUCUAUAAUUGUCCAACAUUCUGAUCUUUCCACAGUAUCAUGGGCUCCAGUGGUGUUUAGGUUUCCAUGGGACAUGGUAUUCAGAAAUGUAAGUCAAGGAAAUAUAACAGUUGCAGGUGAUGCCAUGCACCCUAUGAUUCCAUACCUUGGACAAAACGAAUGUCUAGCACUCGAAGACGCCAUCGUUUUGGGACAGCAGUUCGGGGACUUGAUUAUUCGUAGCAAAGGAGUUCUGGCAACAGAGGUGGCCGGAGCCUUAAGAAGAUAUGCACAACAAAGGCGGUGGCGAGCUGCUGGCGUCAUGACAUGUUCAUAUUUGUCGUCCAUUGAAGGUUCUGGUUGGCUGAGGAAAUUCUUAAGGGACAUGGUGUUCAAUCGGCUUCUUUACGGUGGUACAUGUAAUAAUGUCAUACAUUUUGAUUGUGGGAAGCUCCCUUGUAUUUCCUCAAACAUGACUGAGUUGGAAAAUGAAACGAACACAUAUCACCAAGUUCCAAUCUCAAUUGAAGAAAUGUAA